UUGGCAAUUAGCAGCAUGUCAACGAAAUAUAAUUUACGCGUUUGCGUGAGUGCAACAGCAAAGUGCCUGCGUGUGGCAACACUGCCACUUUCACUGCUGCUGCUUGUGAGUUGCGGCAGCGCGCUGUACUCCUGGUGCGAUCCGAACUUGUGCGAGCGCGGCGUGCGACAUUUGGCCUGUCGCAAUAAUGGCGAUUUUGCCAAGCGCUGCGCAUCUGAUGCCACUGAGUUGGACAUUUCCGCUUAUAAGGAACAAUUUGUGCACGAACACAAUAAGCGACGAAAUUUCCUGGCGCUCGGCUUGCUGCCCGGCUACUAUCCCGCUGCGCGCAUGGCCACUAUGAUCUGGGAUGAUGAGCUUCAGUAUUUGGCAUCACUCAACUUACGCACUUGCAUACUGGACCAUGAUUCCUGCCAUACCACUUACCGUUUUCAGUAUUCCGGCCAAAAUCUCUGCGGCGUUGUGCGUGAUCGCAAUCCAAAUGUGAAUGUGAGCGGAAUUAUCGAGGAAGUGAUGGGCUUGUGGUUCAAUGAGUAUCCAUUGAUCGACAGCAGUUAUAUAAGGAAAUUCCGUGUGACCAAGUACUUUGAGGACUAUGGUCACUUCGCUGAGAUCGCUGUCGAUCGUAACACGCAUGUGGGCUGCGGUAUUAUACGCUUCACCCGGCCCGAUGUGCCCUACGUCUACAUCUACAACAUGGUCUGUAAUUAUGCCUCCAUUUAUGCCUUGGACACACCCGUCUACACAGUGGGCCAACCCGGUUCGCGCUGUCUGACGGGCAAAAACCCCUAUUAUCCCGGCUUGUGCUCCGAAAACGAGCCGAUCAAUCCAAAUUAUUGAGAGCCAGUGAUUUUAUGUAGUUA